UUUCGGUUGAAGAACCCAUCGGUCACAUGUGAGUGUCGAUAAAUAUCUUAGUUUUAUCGUGUUCCUUCAUUUUAUUAUUAUAAAUAAUAUUUUCAUCACACCUCACCAUAACAAAAAUUUCAUAAAAUGGGUGACAUUGAGGACACACACUUUGAGACUGGAGACUCCGGUGCCUCCGCAACCUUCCCUAUGCAAUGUUCGGCUCUACGCAAAAACGGCUUUGUAAUGCUCAAGGGUCGCCCAUGCAAGAUUGUUGAAAUGUCCACCUCAAAGACUGGCAAACACGGUCACGCAAAAGUCCAUCUUGUGGGCAUUGAUAUAUUUAAUGGAAAGAAAUAUGAAGAUAUUUGUCCCUCCACCCACAACAUGGAUGUCCCACACGUCAAGCGUGAAGACUACCAGCUCACUGACAUCUCUGACGAUGGCUACCUCACUCUGAUGGCUGACAAUGGAGACCUUCGUGAAGACCUCAAAAUCCCAGACGGAGACCUCGGUACUCAACUUCGUUCUGACUUCGACAGUGGCAAGGAAUUGCUGUGCACCGUGCUCAAGUCCUGUGGUGAAGAAUGUGUCAUUGCAGUGAAGGCAAACACAGCUCUUGACAAAUAAACCAACACAGCAUUUAUAGGGAUUAUAACAUAUAAUUUUUUUACAAUCAACAACUCUUACAUAAAUGUAAAACAUAAUAUUAUGUAAUUUAACAGAUUCAGCGGUACGACGAACGCAGACUGACGCGAUACGACGUGCAUUUCUCAUAUAAAGUUUUCAAUCUUGAACUAAUUGCCGCAAAAUGGAUUAUUAACAUUCAUGUUUUUUUACUUUUUCCAUAUUAAAUUCAAUGGUAAAUCGAAAUAGACCGACGUAGUACUGUGUACUCUGUAUAAUGAAAACAAUAUUUUGCGGCAAUUUAGUUUAAAAAAUCGCAGAGUCAGCGCCCGUCAGAUCGCUCCUAACUUCACGUUUGUUUUGUUUUGUUUGUUGUCUAUUCGCUUGACGUAAACGUUAGUCUGCCGCACGGCGACAUCCAUCGGAUAAUAUUAUUUAUAGCCGUUUAAUCUUACGAAAAGAUGGACGCAAACAUGAAGUUAACCAUAAUGCUAAAUUAUAAUUCAUAAAAGAGAAAACUCUAAAAAAAUCGAAAUAAAAGAAAAUUCUUGAAUGUGGUGUGUGAUUGAUUGGUCCUUAACUAAGUGAGAGCGCGUCCCUUUGGAUAACACUUGCCACCUCUAAUUUUUAUACUCGCUGUCAGAAUUGCGGUGACUAGACUGACUACUGUCACUCAUUCAGUCAAGACUGAAUUGCAUUUUUAGAUUGAAAUAGUUUUCUAUGAAGUAGCCUUAGCCGCCGGUAUCUCCCGACCCGACCAUUCCUUGGCAAGUGUUGCCACUGGGCUUAGGGUACUCCUAGUGUAACAUCUUUUGUCAAAGACGAAAUUAAUGUAAGAAUGUAAGGUAAGGCCCUAUGAGAGAUAUUUUUUUAUUCAUUCAAUUUCAUCGCAUUAGUUGAAUUCGUUCAGUCGCUUCACAGAAAUCCGCAAAUUGUACAUUGUGUCAAAAUUGCAUAAUCGUUAUUGUUGGUGAAUUUUUUAUAUUAGCAGCUUGUAAUCAGAUUUUUUUAUAAAUUCGCAUCUUCUAAAGUAUUUGUAGACAUCGGGUGAUGUAUAAUAAAAUACUUUAGUCAGAAAACUUACUUUUUUUGGGAAAUAUUCUCGCUAUCCUGUUGUGAGUUUGCAUCUGAAAAAGUAUUUAUUUUUUUAACAAAGUUUCUAUUAAUUCCACCUGGUUGCAUUGCAAGGUAUAGUAUACUAAUUAUGACUUAAGCAACCAUGUGGAAAUUGGCCAAAUGCAAUUGUGGUCUAAUGUUCCUGUCUUUUAUGGUUAUAGAAGGAACCGCUAGACUUAUAUAAAUCUAUAUUUCUGUAUAUGGCCUUAUUGCGUUUCCAAAUUUAACAAUGGGCAAGGUUCGGACAAGAGUCGGUGACUUCUAGUACUAGGACUUGUAGUACUAAAAGUUUUUUGUAUAUACGUAAGAUAGUAAACAGUUAACUCGGCAAUUUUCUACGUGUUGUUUUUAUCGAUGCAAACAAUACCGAAUUACAAUAGAAUGCUCUUGUGAACGCAGUAAUAAUUCAUAAGUAUUUAACAAUCUGUCGAAUUAAAUCUGUACAAAAUAAACACCGUGACUUGUGA